UUUUAACAGCAAAACGUGCAGCUAACUGGAGCUAACUGAAGCUAACUGCCGCUGCGCGAGAGAAAACGAGUCGAAACUUGAAUGGAGAGAAGAAACGGACUUCUGUUGAUGAAACCGAGAAGCGACGAGUACCGUGGACUCCGCUGGCGAGCGUCGGCUGGAUAAUGACCAAGAAGGAGUUGCAGCGGUACCUUUCGAUCUUUGCAUUCGACGUGUGACUUUAGUUUCAAGGGUACCAGGAAGAGAAGAGGCAACCAGUUGACAUGGACGCUGAGAAGGAAGCAGAGGACUCUGACACCAGAGGUGGGGAAGAACUCAGACUGGUCCUCAUCGGGAAGACCGGAUCUGGCAAAAGCGCGUCUGGGAACACCAUUCUGGGCCGGAGGCAGUUCCUGUCGCAGAUCAGCGCGAGCUCCGUCACCAGGACGUGCCAACUCGGGAGCACCGAGCUUGCCGAGGAAGAGGAUGCUGAGGAGGGUGCUGUUGCACAGAGGAGGACGGGGAGAGUCACAGUGGUGGACAUGCCAGGGUUCGGGGACACUCACCUGAGCGAGGAGCAGAUCCACGCGGAGGUAGCCAAAUGUGUGUGUCUCUCUGCCCCCGGGCCACACGCUUUCCUCCUGGUGGUGCCGAUAGGACGAUACACAGAUGACGAGAACCAGGCUGCCUGUGAGUUGACCAAGAUAUUUGGGGAGGAUGCAGUACGGCACCACACGGUGGUUCUUUUCACCAGAGGUGAUGAUCUAGAGGGCGUAAGGAUUGAGGAUUUUCUGCGAGAGACUGCACCUGCUGGGCUUGAGGCUUUGAUUGACAGGUGUGGCGGCAGGUACCAUGUGCUUAACAACAAAGACCCCAGCAACUCAUCGCAGGUUAAAGAACUCCUACUGAAGGUGGACAAGAUGGCGAAGCAGACUCGAGAAGGGUUUUACACCAAUGCCAUGUUUUUAGAAGCAGAGGCCGCAAUCCGGGAGGAGCAGAAAGGGAUGUUGAGGGAGCGAGGGCCAGCAGACGGGGGAGAGGCGAAGGGAGACGACGACGGCAUGGAGGAGCAAGCUCAACUUGCAAAAAGAAGAAAGUGCGACUUGGCGUUUGCCGGAGCAGAUAGAGGGUCAGAAAGGGUCAGGAGGAGGGAGCUGGAGAGAGGAAAGGAAGAGGAUUUUAGGGUGGAGAGGUGGACAGAGGAGAGCAGAGGCAACGCCUUCAGCUUCCUGAGAGACCAGUUCAGAGGCCGGCGCCCGUCUGUCCGUUCAUCCUCGAGUCGCACGAGGAGGGAGGCUGCUCUGUCUGCGGAGGUGCUGGAGAGAGUUAAGAUCCUGGUGGCGGCCGGAGCCACGGGCUUGGUGGUGGGGGCCAUGUUUGGGGCAGCUACCCCUUUGGCGGCCGCGGCCGCGGCGUCCUUCAUGGGGAACUCGGUUGGUUUCGCGGCGAGUCAGUUCGCCGGGAUGUCCGUCGCGGGAGGCACAGGUGUGGGGAAAGCUGUCGGGGCCAUAGUGGCGGCAGCCUCGGGGAAAACCGCCUUGGCUCUGGGGGCGGCCACGGGGGGAGCCUUGGGUGGUUCUGUCGGAGCCAUUGUUGGCACGGAAGCCGCCAGUCCUCGGGAGGGGGCUCUGGAUGCCCUGGAGCAGGUUAGUGUCCUAGGGGCCUCUGCAGUGGGAGUGGCAGCAGGUGUGGGAGGCGCCAUGGGAGUCGGGGCCGCUUUAAGCGCGGCCCUAGAGGGAGUGGCUGUGACCACGGCGGCCGUCGGGGCAGCAGGAGCGGCCAACGCCUCUGCAGCUCAGGCCAGUUUGGCCUCGGCAGCAGGGCAGCACGCAGUGGCCGCUGGAGGAAGUGCAGCUGCAGGUACUGGGACUGCUCAGUGUGCCUUAGCUCAGGAGAUGGUUGUGAACGUCCCGCUGGCUGCUGGGUCCCCCGGGGUGGUGUUGGGCCUCGCGGGGCCCGGCGCGGUAUCGCCGGCCAGCGGGGUCGCAUCGGAUCCCUGGGGCGCCGUGGCGGUAUCGACACGCAUCCUGACUGCAGUGGCUGAGAUCGGCAAGGCCGCAGCAGGCGUGGCCUUGGCUGGUGGUCUGGUCGUGAAGGUGGUAAAGGAAAAAAUAAGAUCUGGCACAGGGACAACAGAAGCCAGUUUCUCGGAGAAGAAGUCGUACGAGGUGUACUGGAACAAAUAAAUACAAGUUCAAGACUGGAGAUGCUAUUCAUGUGUGUUAGCUGGCCUUCUGGGAAAGUGCUCGACACGCCACACACAGGAGCAGUGAGAGAUACUCGCCACAGAAUGUCAAACCACCUUAAAGAUUCAAUCACAAAUUACAAUUGAUAAAAGAGCAGAAUUUGUAAUUCACGAAGAAUAUCGGUUGGAACUUUUUGAGGCUGGUGAAUGAGUUCAGUGGCAUUUGCAAUGUUGCGUGGGCGUGACUAAUAAAGACAAUCACAUUUCUAUCAAUCAAUUUUCAUGGUUGUUAUUCAUGUCACAGCUGGUUGCCUAUUAACCUAAUGUCACAUCAUAGAAAUAAAGAGACGAUUACUGAUGAAAUUCUCCCAGAUUUAAUGUGAGCUCAGUUGACUUUUCCCCUUUAAAAAUAAAUAUCUCUGAAAAUAAGAUUUUUGCCAAGUGAAAAAAAAUGUGUUAAUGUAAUUAAUCUUAAACAUGACAGUAAUGUGUUGUAAAUUAACUAAAGAUCUAAGUAUUGUAUUUAUAUCCUGAAGUGUGUUCUGGCAGAUGACAAUGGAUGGUUGUGUUGCAGUGUUUCACAUCUUGUAACAUGUAACCAGACAUGAGACUUAUUAUGUUAAGUAUUAACACUAGUUUUAAACAACCUGAUUUCAAGAUGUACUAUAAAGUAUAAACAGCUCAGUGUUCACUUUGUUGCAGUGAAAUAAACACAAAGGUCUGUAUACUUUCAGUGAA